AUGAAGCGAAGAGAAGAAGAUGAGAACCAAAACAUGCAGAGAAAAAGAAGUAAACCAUCAUCAUCGUCGUCUUUGUCGAUACCUCUCGAUCUAACCUCAGAGAUCUUCUUAAGGCUACCUGCGAAGUCUGUCGUAAGGUUUAGUUGUGUUUCGAAGCUUUGGUCAUCGAUCACCACCGAGCCGUAUUUCACCAACGCGUUCGAGACUCGUCCUAAUCUUUUGUUCUUCUUCAAAGAAGACAACAGGCUCUUUGUCGUCACGGUUCCUCCACUCAACAAGAACCCUAAAGAGUCUUAUUCAUACUCUUCUUCUCCGGUUCUUGAUACUUACCAAAUUCCUUAUCCGAAAGGUCUUUGCUUCACCAUCAAAACAGAGUCGGUACAUGGUUUGAUCUGUUUUCAGAAAGCGACGCAACCUAUACUUUGGAACCCUACUAUGAGAAAGUUUUCACCUUUACCUAAACCGGACACAAAGUGGGAAGCUUUGACGGUGUUUUUAGGGUACGAUCCUGUCGAAGGUAAACACAAAGUUUUGGCCAUGCAGAGUAACAAAGCUUCAGAUGAGUGUAGGGUUUUAACAGUGGAAUCAGGUAAAAAAUCAUGGAGAACAGUCAAACCCUACUACGCACAUCAACCUUGUCGUGGCCAUCGCAAAGACAACUACGGACCAUGCAGAUGCAUCAAUGGUGUUCUUUACUAUGGAGCCAAGAUUGGUCUUGAUAGGGUUAUAAUGAGUUUUGACUUGAAAUCUGAAAAGUUCAUCGCCCUAGCAUUGCCAUGGGACGACGAUUACUUUCAGCCAAUGAUGAUGAUAUCUUAUAAAGAUAAGUUAGCUUAUCUCGGUUGUUCUAGCUAUGGGAUCAAGACUACUCUUCGUAUGUUGGUUUUGGAGGAUGAGAGGCGUGGAUGGUCGAGUCACAAGUUCUUACCGAUCUCUCAUUAUGAUCGUGGUGCGGAGAACAACUUCAAGCUUAUAGGUGUUACUAACGAUGGUGAGUUGAUUUACGUACCGAACACGGUGUUCGGGUCUUUUGAUGUUGUGUAUAUCGAUCCAGUGAAGGAGACUUAUAGAAGAGUUAAGUACAAAGGAGUUGCAGAUAGAGAAUUUAGACAACGCAAUGGACUUGAAGAUCUCAAAGCUUUCCGUGGGAUACAAUAUUCACCUAAUCACAUUGAGACUCUCAUGUCUCUGUGA